UCUCUAUUUUAAUAAUGUUGAAAUGUGUUAGGAUGCCCUAAAUUUACUUGACGUUUAUCUAGAUAGCGUUUCAUUCCUGAGUUGAGUUAUGGCUUUAUAAGCGAACAUCUGAUUGGAUUGUAAAAAAAAACACAUUUCAGUCACAUGUAAUCCAAUUGGUUUAAAUGAUCAGGAAGUCCCUCGUACCCCUCACGCAAUUGGUUAAAACAGAUGCCAACUUCAUGACGUCAUUCCAAAAAUUGUGUGCUUUCACUGACUGACACAAGAAUGCCCUUCCUCAUCUCCUUGGAUGCUCACGGCUAACAAAACGUCACAGUGGACCGCACCAUCAGGAGUGGAUGACAGACGGACAGACCGUUUGGAACAAGCCCUGAGCUGGCUCAUCCCGGUGGGCUGCGGUAGCUCUAUUUGAAGGCUUUGGAGACCUGUGGCUGUCUCAAGAUGUCCAUGAGACGGACAGAAGGGGUGUCCAUCGCCCAGGCUUUGGCCAUGACGGUUGCGGAGAUCCCAGUCUUCCUCUAUUCCACAUUUGGUCAGUCCAUAUUUUCCCAGCUGAAGCUGACGCCGAGCUUGAAGAAAGUGCUCUUCGCCACGGCGCUGGGCAGCGUGGCGUUGGCGCUCACGGCUCAUCAUCUGAAGCGGCGAGGGAGGAAAAGGAAGCAGGCCAUCCAGGCCAAGGAGGGGCAGAAGACGGUGGGAAUGCCCGAAGCACUGCUCCGGACAGGAAGACCCUCGUCGUUGAAGAGAGUUCCGUUGUCGGGGCGACAGAUGAUGAGUCCGAGCACACGCAGCAACGACACUCUGAGCGGCAUCUCCUCCCUGGCCCCCAGUAAACACUCGAGUUCCUCGCACAGCUUGGCAUCUAUGCGAGUUCCGACCUCCCCGAAUCAGUCGGCCAACCCGCCGACACCCUGGGAGGCCGAGGCUGUGGUUGAAGAGUCGGGUGCAGCGGAGGACGCCAACGCAGAGAAUCUCUACUUAAUGGGCAUGGAGUUGUUUGAGGAAGCGCUCCGAAAGUGGGAACAGGCCCUGCUCAUACGCCACCGCACCCACUCCAGCAGCAACAGCAGCCUGGCUCUGCAGGGGGCAGCGAGCGGAGAUGCACCCACGGUUGAAGCCCACAAUAAAGUGCUUGCCGACAAGCUGGAGACUCUGCUGCACAGGGCGUACCACCUGCAGGAGGACUUUGGCGGCAGCAUCCCGACCGACAGCUUGCUGGCAGACUUUGAGAGCGUGGGGACGCUCAUCCUGCCUCCAGUGGAGAGGUUCCACAUGCUGCAGGACGACGACACCGCCACCAUUUCCUCUGACCAGUCCUUCUUCUCGGCCGCCGAGAUGUUUGACACCUUCUCUCUGGAGGACUCCUACCAGCUCCUCAAACCAGCGGCUCUCUAUGAAGAAGCCUUGGCCCUGGUCAGGGAGGACAAAGUGGCCUACAGGUCUCUCAGGACUGAACUGCUUGAAUGCUACGGCAACCGAGACUUCCUGGCCAAGCUUCACUGUGUCAGACAAGCGUUCCAGGUUCUGCUGCUGGACGAGACUCACCGCACGUUCUUCAUGGAGACCGGCAAGCAAAUGAUUGCCGGCUUGAUGGUGAAGGCAAACAAGAGUCCUAAAGGCUUCCUGGAGAGCUACGAGGACAUGUUGCUGUAUACGCAGCGAGAGGAAACGUGGCCCGUCACCAAGAUGGAGCUGCAUGGCCGUGGGGUGGUGUGCAUGAGCUUCUUUGACAUCGUGCUGGACUUUAUCCUGAUGGACGCCUUCGAAGACCUGGAGAACCCUCCCUCCUCGGUCGUGGCGGUGCUGAGGAACCGCUGGCUCUCGGACAGCUUUAAAGAGACUGCUCUGGCCACAGCUUGCUGGUCUGUCCUGAAGGCAAAAAGACGUCUUCUCAUGGUUCCCGACGGCUUCAUCUCACACUUCUACGCCAUAUCGGAGCACGUGAGCCCGGUUUUAGCUUUCGGCUUUUUGGGCCCCCGGCAGCACUUAAGCGAAGUGUGUACUAUUUUUAAGCAACAAAUCGUGCAGUACCUCAAGGACAUGUUUGACCACGACAAGGUCCGCUUCAACUCGGCGCAGUGCUUGGCCGAAGACAUCCUGAAACUUUCCCACCGCCGGAGUGACAUUUUGCUGGGCUACUUGGGCAUUGAUGGGCUCCAGGAGCUCAACGGCGCGCCGCCUGCCGACACGUUCGCGAGCCUCACUGACUGACAACAUCAACUCACGCUUUGUCACUCGCCAUUGUGAAGAAGGAGGGAGGAGCGGAGUUAUCAGCCGCAGCCAAUCAGUCAAUUCCCCCUGCAAUCACAUGAUCUCAGGCGCGAGGAGGAGCUCGCUAGGAAUGAAGGGACCACUUGCCUGUAGACUGCACCGCUGGAUUGGCAGCAGUUUUGCUUUGUCACUUUCACAUCAUCAGCCUGUGAUCUUGGAGAUAUCUUACAGGUGUGAAUGACAGUCUGCCUGUUUCUGUUGUGUACCGUAUUUUCCGGGCUAUAUUGAAGCCGAGCCCACCAAAUUUUAGAAGAAAUAAAUAUUUUCACAUAUAUUAACCGCAGCGGACCAUAAGCCGCACAUAUAUGCCGGUAAGAAAGAGUUUGUAAAUUUUUAUUUACAUACCUUAAUUGUUUCCAAACAGUGUUUGUAAAUUAUUUUAUCAAACAAAACAGAAGUCUCGUCAUGGACUUACUAGCUGCGGAGGCUAGCUCUCCAAACAGCUAACUAGACUCGAUAACUCCACUGUGAUGUUUUGGUGAAUUUAGGAAAAAAAUAUUUAAAAAGAUUGCCAUUGUAAGUUAAUAAUAAUAACACGGACGCUCACAUAACGUGUUAGCAUAUUAGCUAAUGCUAACCACGAUAGCUGGAUUACGAUAGCCCGUACAAAUAUGCAUGAAAACACUACUACAGACAUCACACAUGGGACGGCUUAGUAAGUAUGAAUAGUUUUAGUUGUAUUGUAAAACUUACAAACGUUGCUUGGAGUGAUGAAUGAAGAAUCCCUAUGAGCAAAAACGCUAUGGACGAAUACAUCCGGUUCAAGGAACGAAACAGGAAGUACAUUUUCAACCCGCAGCACCUGCAGUGAGCAAACUCGUUCAAAAGACGGCGCCAUAGCACAAACAAUAACACACCUUUUCAGUGUCUCUGUCAGUGUAUUAUGAAAAAGUAGUGGCUUAUAGUACGGGAAAUACGGUAUUUUAUCGUAAACAAUACCUGCUAAAUGAAUUUGAAUUCUACUUGAAUCUGAAUGCAGCUAUAUAGGAAUCAUUUUAUUUAUAUAUAUAUAUAUAUAUAUAUAUAUAAUUUUUUUUUUUCAUUUAGUUUUAAUUGUCUGUGGGAAUUGCUAAAUAUACAUAUGUUACUGUGGACUUGUCACAUUCCUUGCUGCACGGGGACUUGUUUUUUUUCUGGAGUUGUGAAAUGCCGAUUUGACAUUUGUUAAAAGCGACUGAUGAAAUGUAACAAUGUACAUCACCACCACCACCACCACAAAUGAAAACAUAACACAAAACGCGUAUUUACCCAUGCAAUGCCUCUUUUACAUUUACAAUAUCUUACACACAAUAUCUUCUGAGAACAACUGAACUGACCAUAAGAGGAAACAUGUCCCCCUGGUGGUGAUGGAUAACAUUACAUUGUUUGUAAUUUUGCAACUGGAUGUCAAACAGGCACAUUGUAACCUACAUGAUUGCACUGAUUACCUUAAAGUUAUCCAACUUUAUAAUUUGAUGCCCUUAAAGUGAAUUAACUAGCUGUAAAUAUGGAAUGAUACAGGCCAUUAGAAUGCAUUUAUGCCUUUUGGGUGUUAACAUUAUGUCUCAUAUGUUAAUAUUAUGAUAAUGUACAUAAGAGAUUAUCUUUCCCACAAAACUAUAUGAAAAUACGUUUCCUUUGUCUGACAUUUACUAUAAUAUUUAAUCCAUCAAUGUUUAGUUGACUAUCAAACAUCCAGUUCCAAAAACAAUGUUAAUACUGUUUUUUUCUUUUGAGAACAGUUGUUGCAUGUGAAUGUGUAGAAUCAUUCAUUUAAACCCAAUUUAUACAAGUACGUCUUGAAGAAAAUGUUAUGGAAACACUUAGUAAAAAAUGAAAUCUAAAGGGAAAAUACUUGUUUUUAAAACUGCAUCAAGAGUCCUCUUCAUGUAUUUAUAUCAUUUUAAUUCUAAUGCUUGUAUCAAGUGUAAAUGGGUGUUGAUAUUCUAUAUUAAAUGUUAUUUUUUGUUAUCAACAAAUAGUAUGUCAAUGUUUAAUGAUUUGACUAAAUGUAUAGCUUUAAAAAAUAUUGCGUGUGUUUAGUGUUUGAGACUUUGAAGUGUGU